CCCUUUUUGUGGGCAGCACCAAAGAAGAAGACAUCCCACUCAAAGAAACGCAUGAGAGCAUCCAAUAAAGGUCUGCCUACAAAGGAGAAUGUGGUCGGCUGUCCUGGUUGCGGAAACAGCAAACUUCUUCACCAUCUCUGCAAGCACUGUUACGGCGAUAUCAAGCAAAAGACCAAG